GAUUCAGUGAUUUGUGCUUCUUCGCUGUAUGACUACCUAUAUAUCUCCUUCCGAACUAAUUACCUUUAAGUUUGUAAGCAACUUUUCCAAUCCAAGUCCCCUGUACCGCCCCCGGUGGGCGUCGCCAGCCACAUUCGUCCUCCCCCAAUUGCUUGGCUGUGCCCAAAAGCGAAGACGCGGCUUAUUUAAGGAGAGGAGUCUCCCGGACCCGAGUAUUGGAGUUUGCAUCGCCUACUCUAUGUAACCUCCCCCAACCGUGCCAACCGGUUUAUUGAAUAUGCCAGAAGGGCCUAGUAGCUCAUCCAUCAAGCUUGCCAUCAUUGGCGGAGGACUCGCGGGAGUGACCUUAGCCAAUGCACUUGCUCAACACGACCACAUCAAAGUCCAUGUUUACGAGUCCGCACCCCAGUUCUCCGCGCGCGGUGCAGCGGUAGGGCUGGCUGUCAAUGCGCAGAAUGCCUUGCACCACAUUCUUCCCCAGGCAGGCGAGUUGCUGGAGAAUGCCGGAGGGGUCCCUAUGAAUUCAACGCGAGUAAUGGUUGGCGCAGGCGAAUACAUGAAUCAACUCGCCCGGGACCACACAGGCACCAAACAAGGUCUCGUGUUUCACCGCGCCUCGCUUCUCAGAGAGCUCCUCCGUCCCCUCCCCGAGGAAUGCCUCCACGCCAACAAAAAGCUCGCCAGCAUAUCUGAGAAGGAUGGAAAAUUGGAAGUAAGAUUCACUGACGAGACUAGCAUGACCUGUGAUGCAGUCGUGGGCGCCGACGGCAUAUUCAGCGCUGUGCGUGAUCACGUCGUCCGCGAAUUGCAAGAUAGCCAGAAUGAUUGGAGGGCGUCAGCGGCAGGAUUCUGGGAUUGCAGGAAUCUAGUUCCGUUCGAGAGGGCCAAGGCAACCUUGGGGGAAGAAUAUUUCGAGAUGCACCGUCAGUACGUAUGGGUCAACGACGGCGCAGUCACGGCACAUGACGUCUGUGAGAAUGGGAAUACGGUGCAAUGCGUCAUCUGUGCUGUGGAGAGUGAUCCUCCGCAAGAUCGAUCGCGGCCCUUGACAAGAGAGCUUCUAGAAACGACAUUAGAAAGUUCCCUGAAUCGAGCGCAUACCCAGGGGAUGAUUGAGCUGCUCCUCGACCAGCCUUCUCCGAAAGCCUACUCGGAGUGGGAGCAUAAAGCAACUCCCACGUAUGCCUCUGGUCGGGUUUGCAUCGUCGGUGACGCAGCGCACUCGACUACACCCUGGCAGGGCUCCGGUGCCGGGCUGGCCAUAGAAGACGCCAUGGUGCUUGCCGCGCUCCUGGCCCACGUCCGGUCAGCGAACGAGGUUGAGGCAGCUUUCCGAGCAUUCAGCGACGUGCGGCUACCACGAUGUCAGAAAGUCAUCGACUCCAGUCGGGAGACGGGUACCAUUUUCUGCGGCAGGUAUCCGGCGGCCGGGCUUGAUCCGGAAAGGCUGAAUGAGGCGCUGACGGCGAGAUGGCAGCAUAUCCAUGACCUGGAUCAUGACGGGCAUAUAUCCGAAGCUCUGGUAAAGUUUGAAGUUUACAGGAAAACCACAUGAACACCACGAAGGCCCGUUGGGAAGGGAGAUGUCACGUAAAGUCUAGGUAUAACAUACUUACCUAGGUAGUCAACAAUCCAAGGUGACCAUGGGUUCCUGUAUUACAUCUUCGUCAUCUUCCAGCUCUCCCUGCCAAC